AGAAAUUCACUCACUGAACUUCCAGUAGAGGAAUGCAAGCUGCCGCUGUCCGUUGUAGUUUACGAUACGGUGGAUGGUUCUUACCGAAGUAACGCUUUUUUUCACGGUUCUACUGGCUUUUACGGGAAGAAAAGAACAUUCGAGGACAUUUCAACAGGCGACCAGAACCGAUGGGGACGUUAUAUCGUUGGAGUUACGCGGGUGGAUUUGGUUGUUUUAGUUGAGAAGAAGGAAAGUGUUGCGCUCGGAGCAACAGCGGUGGGAUUAAACAUGCUGACACCGAUUUUAGCAUACUUGUUAUCGGUCCUCCUGCUGUGUCGAAUAGCGUUCUCUCAAUACUCCAGCGAUCAAUGUAGUUGGAAGGGCAGUGGUCUGACCCAUGAGGGCCACAGCCGUGAUGUGGAGCAGGUCUACCUACGUUGUUCCCAGGGUUCCCUCCACUGGCUCUACCCUACAGGGGCCGUCAUCGUCAACCUGCGGCCCAACACCCUGUCCCCGGCAGCCGCCCGUCUCUCCGUCUGCAUCAAGCCCUCUAGGGACUCCCACGGGGCCAACAUCUACCUGGACCGGGCCGGGAAGCUGCGCCUGCUGCUGAGAGAGCAGGACCAGGCCCAGGGGAAGGUGACCUGCUUCAGCAUCCAGGAGGGGUCUCUGUUCAUAGAGGCCAUACCUCACAGAGACAUCAGUAAGAGAAUCACCUCGUUCCAGUAUGAGCUGGUUACAGAGAGGACCGGGGCUGGAGCUGGAGCCUUGGCUGGGGUGGAGCCACAAGCACUGUCUGCUCCCUGUCAGCCCUGCAGUGAUGCUGAGGUGCUGUUAGCAGUCUGCACCAGCGACUUUGGUAAGAACUAUUUACAAACCCUUUAUAUGCAUCCUUUUAUGUAUACUUAUUAAAGCUACAGUAGGUUC